AUGACUAUCAGACACGAUUCCAACGCCGUGGAGGCGCAGAAGCCCGCGGUGCAGCAGCACUCACAAGCGAAGAUGUUUACGCUCGAUGAGAUGAUCAAGAGGCGCGCUGCGGAAUUGGGAGAUACGAUUUUACUCGGUGCGCCGGAGAGUGGCGUUGAUGAUUUCAGAGAGCAUAGCGCUGUGGAUAUCGAUAGAUAUGCUGAUGCGGCUGUUGCGAAACUUCAGAGCUUGGGCCUCAAGUCAGUGGAUCCAACGCUGGAGAAAGCUCCCGUGGUAGGCAUGCUGGGCCAAUCUGGCAUUCACGUUGUUAUCCAGAUCAUCGCCCUCAAUCGUCUGGGCUAUAGUGCAUUUCUUAUCUCAACACGCCUUGCGAGCCUGGCAAUCACACAACUUCUCGAUCUAGCCAGCUGUAACGUCAUUCUCACAACACCACCUUUCCACCCCGUUCUCAAAGAAGUACAGCAAAAUCGCCAAUUGGAGAUUCUACCUCUAUUGCAGAAUGCCGAUCUCUAUGACCAGGAUGCACCACGCUUUACACGAGAUUACAACCCCGACGCUGAGUCUCGUAAAGUCGCUGUCAUCAUCCACUCGUCUGGCUCGACAGGCCUGCCCAAGCCUAUCUUCCUCACCAAUGCUAGCGUUGUCGGCGCUUCUGCGGUGCACAUGAACAUGCGAGGUUUUCUCACAUCGCCACUCUUCCACAGUCAUGGGUUCUACGAGACAUUCCGCGCGAUUUACUCGGGCAAGCCACUCUACUUUACAAACUACGGCCUGCCUCUGACGAGAGAAAUUGUCCUUGCGCAGCUCAGGGCGACUAAGCCUGAAAUCUUUCACUGUGUCCCAUAUGUUAUCAAGCUCUUGGCUGAGAGUGAAGAGGGUAUUCAGAUAUUGGCGGAUAUGAAGCUGGUUUUAUACGCCGGAAGUGGAUGUCCUGAUGAUCUUGGCGAUCGUUUGGUAGAAAGAGGUGUCAACCUUUGUGGCAACUACGGAGCUACCGAGACUGGUAGACUCGCCACGUCUGCACGCCCAGAAGGCGACAAAGCGUGGAACUACAUCCGUGUGCUCCCUCCAGCAGAACCAUACACAGUGUUCGAUGAAGUCGCCCCAGGGCUUUUCGAAUGCGUCGCUCUAGACGGUCUCCCCUCAAAGAGCACGACGAAUUCAGAUGACCCGCCUGGAUCUUUCCGCACCCGAGAUCUCUUUACGCAGCAUCCCACAAGACCUACGCUAUGGAAAUUCGCCUGCCGUCUUGACGAUCGGUUUACUCUCAUCAAUGGUGAGAAGGUCCUACCAAUUCCUAUCGAGGGUCGCAUCCGACAAGAGGAGAUUGUCAAGGAGGCUAUUGUCUUUGGCGAUGGCAAGACAUAUCCUGGUAUUCUGAUCGUCAAGGCUGAUCGCGCGGCUGCCAUGUCUGACGAUGAGUUCCUUGAGGCCAUCUGGCCUUCUGUCGAAGAUGCUAACUCUCGCGCUGAAUCGUUCUCAAGAAUCCCGAAAGAAUUAGUCGUUAUUGUCCAAUCUGAUGUGGCAUACCCCCGAACAGACAAGGGUACUUUCAUUCGAGUUCCCACAUACCGCCAGUUUGAGAAGGAGAUCGAAGCUGCAUACAAGACAUACGAAGGCCAAGACGACCAAGCCGGCUCACUCACCCUCGAAGGCAAAGAGCUGGAAGACUAUCUCCUCGAACAGGUCAAGAACAAGUGCGGAGUUGAACUAGAAUCUUCAGAAGCAGACUUCUUCGCUUCGGGAGUGGAUAGUCUGCAGUGCAUCCAGAUGUGGAGUCUCAUCAAGCGGGAGAUUGACCUUGGUGGUAGACAAUCCGAGCUCGGCCAGAAUGUCCUCUACGAGACUGGUAAUGUCAAGUUACUCGCUCGUCAGGUUGAAAGGCUGAGGAGCGGUGCGGGCGAUGAAGAGCAGGAUCAGUUCGCGGUGAUGGAGAAGCUGAUUGAGAAGUAUUCUUCUUUCAGGCCUCAUGUUGCUGGCUCUGCGCCUCAGCCCGAGAAAGAGCUUGUGCUACUCACUGGUGUUACCGGUGCCCUAGGUGCUCAUGCCCUUGCGCAACUUACAGCUCAACCACACGUCGGCGCUGUGUGGGCUUUAAUCCGAGCAACCAGCGAUUCUGCCGCGACCGAGAGAUUGAACAGUUCUCUGGACGCCCGAGGUCUUUCUUUGAAUGAAGAACAGCGCGGCAAAGUCCUUGCUCUUCCCUGCGAUCUCAGCCGCGCCGAUCUCGGUCUCAGUGAAACUCGCGUCGAAGAGCUGAAGACAAAACUCACAACUAUUAUCCACAGCGCCUGGGCCGUCAACUUCAACAUCUCCGUUCAGAGCUUUGAGGACCAACACAUCAAAGCCGUGCACAACCUCAUCCAGCUAAGCCUUUCCGUGCAAACGCCCAAGCCAGCUCGUUUCUUCUUCUGCUCUUCCGUCUCGUCUGCAGCGGGAACACCUCGACCUGGACAAGUCCUUGAAACGCUUGUUGCAUCCCCUGCGCAUGCCCAGCACACGGGUUAUGCGAGGUCGAAGUAUGUCGCUGAGCAUAUCACGGGUAACGCACGGAAGAGUGCUAGUGCCCCGGCGAGGGUGCUACGCUUGGGCCAGUUGGUGGGUGAUACGAAGGUCGGGGAGUGGAAUACUACCGAGGGUGUUCCUUUGAUGAUACAGACGGCUGUUACGAUUGGUGCUUUGCCAGCUUUGAACGAGGAAAUGUCGUGGCUGCCAGUCGAUCUCGCCGCAUCCGCAAUUCUAGACCUCGCCAACCUCAGCGGCAAACCAACCACAGACCGCUCUUCAGAUACAGAUCUAGUCUACCACCUCAUAAACCCGGUUCGAUUCCACUGGGCACGCCAGAUGCUCCCUUCUAUGGAAAAGGCUGGCUACAAGUUCGAGACUCUCCCCACAAGCGAGUGGAUGGAGCGUCUACGUAAUUCAGAGCGCGACCCUACCAAGAACCCUCCUAUCAAGCUACUGGAUUGGUUCGAGGGUAAGUAUGGUAAGAAGGUCACUUCUUCGGCUGAGAAGGGGCCAUUGGAUUAUCUGACUGAAAGGUCGAGGGAGGAUAGUGAGACUUUGAGAAAUGUGCCGGAUGUCACGGAUGUGGAUUAUAUCAAGAUGAUGCUUGGAAGGCUACAGGCACAUUGGAAGCAACAGGCUUAG